GUUUAAGAAGAGAAGAAUUCAUUCCAGAGUGAAAGCCUAUUUAUUGAUUAAUGAACAAGUCACAUUUCAAAUGGAACUAAUCAGAUGAAUAUGGAUUAUUUACAUAUAACUAUUUCAUCCGUAAAAUCUCAUCAAAUCCAUUAUUGUUUUCUCCACUAUAUACUACUAAUGCUAAUAAUCAUCCUAUUUAACAUGAAAUCAAUCGAUGCAAUGGAUUCUACCAUUUGUCCACAACAAUGUAUAUGCAGUUCAAAACGUAUGAAUUGUGAAUUGCCCGGUUUAAAACAUUUGCCUAUUCCACCAAUGUUACAAUUGGAAUAUUUGUUAAUACAAAAUCAAACAUUUCUUAGUACACAUUUAGGACCGAAUGAAUUGUCCAUAUAUCGUAGUGUAGAAUUCGGUGGUAAACUCCAGUUGAAAAGUUUACAUAUACGUUUUUGUAAUAUUGCUAGUUUAGGACGUAAUGCAUUUCAAACAUUAGGUUCACAAUUACGUUUGUUAGAUUUAACAGGCAAUCCAUUGAUUGAAAUCGCAGAUUAUGCAUUUUCUGGUUUAGAUCAAUUAAAGCUGAUUAUGGAUGAAAUUAAACUGACUAAUUUUCGUGAGAAUACAUUUUCUGGUUUAACACGAAUGAAAAGUUUAAUUAUGCGUAAUUCUAAUCUACGUGAAUUACCUUAUAACACGUUGGAACAAUUGACAAGUGUUAGUCGACUUGGUCAGCUAAUAUUGAAAGGCAAUCAGUUAAGACGUCUUGACAAGAAAUAUGAUGUGAUAUUUAAAGAAUUACAAAAUUUCGAGAUUAAUGAUAAUCCAUGGCAUUGUGAUUGUCAAUUGAAUUGGCUUAUUCAACGUUAUCGUUUCAUACAUAAAUAUGAUUGGAAUGAAACAUUAGAGAAUAGUUGGGAUCGUGAAGAUAAUCAACCGAAAUGUGCAACUCCACAUUCAUUAGCUGGACAGAAAUUUAGUGAUUUAAUUACCGACUUGUCCGAAGCUUAUCAUCCAGUAAUUAUAAACACUGGACAAAAAUCAAAUCCAUCACCGCAUAUUCUUUACUGUCCACCGCCACAACUUGAACGUCUUGAUGUUGAUCUAACUAAUCUUCAUCAAACUGGCAGUAAACAACACCAUUCGAAAAAUGUUGUGUUAGAAGAGGAAACGAAUGCGAAAAAGCCUACCACUUCAUCGGAUCAACAAUCGUCAGUUCGAUUAACUUGUUCAAUGAAAGGUUCCAUAGAAUUAUCAAUCAUAUGGUAUUAUCAUAAAAAUGAUAUGACAUUAGUCAAUUUGUCAAAUACUCCUCAUAAUAUCACACGUAAAUAUCCUUCAUCAGAUGAUAAACAUAUUGUUUCACGUUUAACUAAUGACAAUGAAGCUUGGUCUAUGCGAACUAAUGAAAUUAUUAAAGUUGACAGUGAUUUGGAAGUCAGCCAAAAACACGAAAUCGAUAUGUAUUCAUGUGUUGGAAUCGAUGUCAUCGGUAAUGUCACAGCCACUGUUCGUUUACAAUGGCCGUUAUUAUUGUGGCAACCAGUGAAACUAGUAGAAAGCGACAACGAAUUCUCGUCAUCACCACCACCAACAACAACAAAUAUAAAAUUAGCGCAGAAUGAAAGUAAAUCGAAUUAUUUCACUCAUUGGCCUACAACCCCAUUGUCUGAAUCGAAUUCCAUUUUACAUAUGAAACAAUUUAGUCUGGGUGAAUUGAUUGCAGCCACGGCGGGAACAUUUUUAUCAACGGUUUUAUUAUUUUUUAUUAUUUAUCAAACAUUACAUCGUAGACUAUCACCUUGUGAUAAACGUAAACUAUACAGACCGCAUAAAGGAGGAGGAGUAGGAGUAGGCGAGCAUGGAAUUUUAGACGUGCCUGGUAUUUCACCUGGCGGUACAUCAUCGUCGAAUACAUCAGGUAGUAGUGGAGCGUCAACUAGUACAACUACAACCAACACUACUACAACUAAUACUACUACUGUUACUACAAGUUCUGUUGAAACUAAUCUAUCUUAUCCUACAAAUCAAUUGAAUGCGGACUCGAUUUCAUUAGCUACUAAUUUUUUCAAUGCAAAACAAUUUUUCAAUGGAUUAUCGGCAUUGAAUCAUAAUAAUAAUAAUACUACAAUCCCAGUAAAUCUGCAACACCACCAACAACAACAAACUAUGCAAACAGAAUUAGGUAGAUGUAUACAACCGGCAUUGAGUAGUACAUUGGGUGAUGGUAGUUUGAAUUCCAUGUCCUAUGAACCAAUCUCUUAUUCAGAUGGGAACAACGUCACUUAUGAUGUACCAUGGAUAGUAAAUAAUACUACUAAUAAUAAUAUUAAUCAUAACAGCAACAACCACAAUCUAGCUAAUGGUCAUUUAGUCAAUAUGAACCAAAGAAUAUUAUCAUCAAAUGAACAAUGUGUCCCACUGUUAUACAAUGGUUUACCUGUACAUUUAUCCAACCCUAUUGAAUCAAACAAUCAUCUUAAUUGUAAUAAUAAUAAUAUUAAUAAUAAUAAUCUUAUUCAUACAAGUCUUUUGAUUCCUCCACCACCUUCCAUUCCACAACCUUCUUUGCCUAAUUCUUGUACAAAUUCAACAUUAUCAUUAAAACCAGUGACGACUGGUCAACAGCCGCCGCCGUCAGCAGCUGCAGCAGCAGCCGCGGCUAAUUUUCAAGCUAAUCUCCUUUUCUUACAACAACAACAGCAACAAUCUGGUUGUUGUUAUCAACCAGUACUGAUGAAUUCCGACAUCACAUCGAAUUCACGUUUAAGUCAGGGAUCUUCGUCUGGUUUAACAACUAACUAUCUAAAUUAUCAUUCAUAA